AUGAGCAGUGCUGACGAUAUCACUACCACCAAAACUAACGAUACCACCACCACCAAGACUAACGAACCCAACCCUAAGACUAAUGGAUAUAUUUAUCUUAACUGUCUUAUUACAUUCUGCGUACCGCAUCAUUUUUUUAAAAUCAAACUUUUUAAAGGAAAUACUGUUGAAACAUUAGAAACUCAAGUUCAAGCCCGUUUGUCCCUAUUACCACCUGGUGCAGCUAAUACACCUCGCCGUAAUAAUCCUGAUCAAAAUAUUAUUCAUGUACUUGUAGAACAAUUACCAGGAUCAGAAACACAAAUUAUUUAG